CUGUUCAGUCACGAUGAUGAUGAAACCUGCAGAAACACGUUCUCCCGACCGGAACACAAACGUCCUUUUUCACAUCAACAGUCAUGUUUCUGCUGGUGUUUGUGACCUCUGACCAGUGGAUGUGGAGGCCCCCCCCAGUGAGCUAUCAGCUGGUUUCUGCCAGUAAAAGGUAACAAACACGGCAGGUUGAGGAAGGCAGAACAGAUUCUAGCAAAUUUGGCUCCUGGUUUCCAGAGUCGUUCGGCUCGGACGCGAUUAGGGGAACAAAGACGAGUGUUUACUGUCUGGGGCUCCAAGUCAGCCCGUUUUCAGCCUCUAAUUGACCUCUCACCCUAAAGAAAGUCAUGGUUUAGUGCUGAGCUCACCGGAGCGUCUCCGGCGUGAAAGUGGAAAUUCCAGAGUACUCCGAGGGUCUGGCUAACGGGAAGCAGCGCAGGCUGAGGGAAAACCCACCCUGCAGAGCCGUAUAAAACCAGGAGACUCGGAGCGGAGACUCAUUCGUCUGCUUGUACUUCAGCUGACAGCCCGAGGUCUCGCGCCGUCCACGGGGAUUUUUAAACACUUUUCUCUGAGAAAAAAAAAGCUCAGGAAAAUGGCCUUUUUCCAGAGGAAUGUUGCUCUGCUGCUGGUUGUUGUUGCUGCAGUUUGCAUUGAACUCCAUCAGGGUAUGUACGUCGUGGGACGAUGUAAAUGUCCAAAGGUCCAAAAAGUCCCCAGAAUCAACGUCUCCGAUUUUGAAGUGAUUGAAAAGUCGCCGAGUUGUGAUAACACUGAAGUAAUUCUAACAUCGGUCAAACCCGAUAACUCCACCGAGCAGAUCUGCGUGGAUCCUUCGACAAAGGUUGCCCAGGGAUUUCAGAAGUGCUGGGAUAGGAUACAAAAAGACGCGAGCCGUAAGAUGGAGUGCAUCGAGAGGAAGAGGAAAGCAGAGACAAGAUCCUCAGACGACUGAAGGACACGAGGAAUGCUGAAAGCUGAGAUUCUUCACUGAACUCCUGCUCUGGAGGCACUGAGACUGACAGUAAAGGCGGAGGAGCUCCGGCAGGGAGAUGAUUAACAGCCGGGACGCGGGAAGGACGGAGAGGGAAGAGGAGGCACAGACAGAUCCGUGUACAGCAGCUACGGCACCUGAACCCUUCGGUUUCAUUUCUUUGCUUUAUGCUGUUAUUUAUGCUAAAUUAUUUAUUAAAAAGCUUUUUUAUACAAACGUGGAUAAAAAUAAAGUAAAUUUUGAUACA